UUUUAUUCUGUAUAAAUGAGAACAGGCAGCAUAUGCGUUUGAAUUGAACUUUCUGUUUCAGAUUUCUGACUCUAAAAUAUACUCAGACUGAACUUGAGAUUAAUUUGAGAGGCCUCGUUUUCUCCUCUUCCUAAUAGCAAUAUAGGAUAGAAAGGUUCCCCCAGAUAAAGAAAAUAUAGGAUAGAAGGGUAGUUUUGUUAGCACUCAAGUCCGACGGCUACCAUGUUAAAAUUAUCCUUCUCUCCCUUGUCAACAACCAUUCCCACCAAAAUCAUACCUCCAAGACUCUUAAAAUCUAUCACAAACUCAUUGUCUCAAGCCCCACAAACUGUUCGACAAAAUGACACAACUACGUCCACCAACACACCGCUGCACAAGCUGCCCCCUAAGUCAGCCUACAUUCACCUCCCGUUCUGUAGAAAACGAUGCCACUACUGUGACUUCCCAAUUAUCGCUCUAGGAUCCUCCUCUGCACCAGAGGAGGACCCGCGAAUUUUAAACUACAUUCAAACUCUUUGCAGAGAAAUUAAAGCCACCUCAUUGAAUUCAAACCCCAACCCAUCUCUUGAAACGGUAUUUUUUGGUGGUGGGACACCUUCUUUAGUUCCGCCAAAGUUGGUUUCUUUGGUGCUUGAAACUUUGAGUUCCAAAUUCGGGGUGUCUUUGGAAGCUGAGAUGUCAAUGGAAAUGGACCCUGGCACGUUUGAUAGGGGGAAAUUGAAGGAGUUGAUGGAGUUGAGGGUAAAUAGAGUGUCCUUGGGAGUGCAGGCUUUUCAAGAUGGUCUGUUGAAAGCUUGUGGGAGAGCUCAUGGUGUGAAAGAGAUUUAUGAGGCUAUUGAUAUUGUGAAGGCCUGUGGGGUUGAGAAUUGGAGUUUGGACCUCAUAUCUUCUCUUCCUCAUCAGACACCAGAAAUGUGGGAGGAGAGUUUGAAGCUGACAAUCCAGGCGCAUCCUACCCAUGUCUCAGUUUAUGAUUUGCAAGUUGAGAAAGACACCAAAUUUGGAGUAUUGUAUACUCCAGGUGAGUUUCCAUUGCCUUCUGAGGAUCUUUCCGCUGAGUUUUACAGAAUGGCGUCGAGGAUGCUUACAGAUGCUGGAUAUAACCAUUAUGAGAUUAGUAGUUACUGCAGGAGUGGUUAUAUGUGCAAACACAACUACACGUACUGGAAGAAUGAGCCAUUUUAUGGCUUUGGGCUUGGGUCAGCGAGUUAUGUCAACGGGAUACGAUUUUCUAGGCCAAGGAAGCUGAAAGAGUUCAUGCACUAUGUGGAACUUUUGGAGGAUGGAGGGGUAAAUUGUGAGGAUGAUAGUACUGACGCUAAAGACCUGGCAAUGGAUGUCAUCAUGCUCUCUCUUAGAACUGCUAGAGGGUUGGAUUUGAAAUCCUUUGCUAAAGCUUUUGGUUGCGAGCUCGUACUCUCUCUUUGCAAGGUUUAUCAGCCUUAUGUGGAAAGCGGGCACAUUGUAUUCUUAGAUGAUAAGCUGAAAACUAUUACUGUAGAUGAAUAUAGUUCUUUACUCUCUGAUGAUCGCAAGAUGAGUGAGGUACCUGCCUUUCUUAGGCUUAGUGAUCCUGAUGGCUUCCUUCUAUCCAAUGAGUUGAUAUCCCAUGCAUUUGGUGUUGUAGGUUCAUAAACCUUGUUCAGUGUUGAUAUUUAAAGCAGAUUCUGAAGUAACUAGAUAGACUUGAGCUCUACUAGCAGUUUUGGCCAUAACCCAUAAGGGUGGGAUUCAGAUUCCAGAAAUGUAAGAAAACAUUUCAUGGUUAUCACACUUUCCCAAAGGGAAUCAGCAUCAAACUUCAGAUUAGAAUCUAUAAUGCAGUUCAUGCACCUUUUGGAACCAGAUGAUUGGAGUUGGUCUGAAAUGAAGAAUUUGAAGUCAAAGAGCAACUUGUAUUGUAGUACCAUAUUGGAAUUGCAGGUUGCCUCUAAAGGCCAGAAUUGCAUAAGCUGUUCAGACUAGUACAGGUACAGGGGUACUAUCUCCUCACCUGGAGGAGAAAGAGGACUUGAAGAUGGUCUCUAAGGAACCAAGUUUAGUAUUUCCUCAUGUAAUAUCAUUACCAUCAUAUUUGAGAUGCCGAAUGUUAGGCUUCUUGGUGCUGAACUAAGUUAUCAAACAGGGCUUUAGUCUUGGUUUUCGACAGUAAACUAAUUAUC